AUGGAAAUGCCUUUCAUUAUUCUGAAACUUUGCGGGGAUCUGCUGUGCAUCUCGCCUCCUGUUGGGGCACCUGUGGAGGGGGUCAGCACAGAGGUGACGUGUGGGAUGAGCUGUUGUGCCCUGAACCAUGCCCUGAACCACGCCCUGAACCACGCCCUGAACCACGCCCUGAACCACGCCCUGAACCACAGCUGCACAAGCUGCAGCUCAGGGCUGGAGGCUCUCAGCUCCCUCCCAAACUGUGGCCAGCAAGAGGUGGACAGAAAGUUUGAACAGUGGCUCAAGGUGCAUGUCUUAUCCAGCAGCCUGGGACAGUCACACAGGUGUGGUGGAGAGCCCCGCCUCUGGACCCCCAUGUACUCCUUCAUCAGUCAGCUGUCUCUCAUGGAUCUCAUGUACAUCUCCGUGACUGUGCCCAAGAUGCUGGUGGCCCAGGUCACAGGAGACCACACAAUCUCCAUGGCAGACUGUGGGAUCCAGAUGUUCUUCUACCUGACCCUGGCAGGAGCUGAGUUUUUCCUCCUGUCGGCCAUGGCCUAUGACCGGUAUGCUGCCAUCUGUAGACCUCUGCAUUACCCUCUGCUGAUGAACCAGAGGGUCUGCCGGCUGCUGGUGUCCGGAUGCUGGCUCCUGGGAACGCUGGAUGGCUUGCUGCUCACCCCCAUCACCAUGAGCUUCCCCUUCUGUGAGUCCAGGAAGAUCCUGAGCUUCUUCUGCGAGGCCCCUGCCCUGCUGAAGCUCUCCUGCUCUGAUGUCUCUCUCUACCAGCUGCUCAUGUACCUGUGCUGUGUCCUCAUGCUCCUCGUGCCCAGCCUGGUCAUCUCCAGCUCCUACACCCUCAUCCUGCUCCUCGUCCACAGGACCAGCUCUUCUGAGGGCCGCAGGAAGGCGCUGGCCACCUGCUCCUCCCACAUGACCGUGGUGCUGCUCUUCUUUGGUGCGGCCGUCUACACCUACAUGCUCCCCAGUUCCUACCACACAGCACAGCAGGACGUGAUGGCGUCGGCCUUCUACACCAUCCUCACCCCCGUGCUGAACCCCCUCAUUUACAGCCUGCGCAACAAAGACGUCAUGGCGGCUCUGAGGAGCCUGGUUGAGUCAAGGGGGCACCUCCGGUGGGUCGUGAGAGGAGCGUAA